AUGAAAAAAGCACCAUCUGGUAGCGGGGCAAAAACCGUUACAAAAUACAUUUAUUUCAAAGAAUUAAACUUUCUUGAUCGUAUCACUGAAAACGAAGUUUCAGAAUCUAUGUACAACAUUAAUGAACAAUCAAGUUCAUCUGAAACAAUAGCUCACGUAGUAAAUAACGACGAAAUUUCUGGCUCUUCUCAAAACAGUUCUACUCCGGUGGCUGACCAAGAUAAACCAACAUGGACUCGGAAGAGGAAACAUGAACGGGUACAAGAGAACUCCGCGUUUGAGAAAAAGUUGGUAGAUUUGUUAGACAAAAAUAUGCCAGACAUAAGCUCUGACGAUUUGUGA